AGCGAGCGUCUAGGAACAAGGUAGUAAAACCCUGGAAAGCGCUUCUGCGAGGAAAGUACAGUAUCCUGUGAAGAGGUGCGAAGAUGGAGCAGUUGUAUGCUAUUCCUUUUUCAGUUUUGGAGUGUCCAAACGUGAAACUGAAGUGGCCAACAUGGCUACACGCACCUUCAGCAAUGACUGUUUACUUUGUCGUCCUUAGUUCGUAUUUUCUUGUCACAGGGGGUCUUAUUUAUGAUGUCAUUGUGGAGCCGCCAAGUGUUGGCUCAACGACAGACGAAAAUGGCCACCAAAGACCUGUGGCGUUCAUGCCAUACCGAGUCAAUGGCCAGUACAUCAUGGAAGGUUUGGCCUCCAGCUUCCUCUUCACCAUUGGAGGCCUGGGCUUCGUUAUCCUGGACAAGUCCAACACCCCCAUGAUGCCCAAGCUCAACCGGUUUCUCCUCCUCUUUGUCAGCUUCGUCUGCAUCCUCGUCUCCUUCUUCAUGUGCCGGGUCUUCAUGAGGAUGAAACUACCGGGUUACCUGCAGGGAUAAAACGUCCAUCAUCAAUGCCAGAAGUGCCAUCAGUUCUCCGCUCCUCCCUUCUCAGUUGUUGACCUAUUGACCUUCAACCUCUUCCACCCUCAUCCCACAACAACAGAAAUAGCAGCUUGAAAUGGACAUUAUCAUCAGCCAAAUUGUUAACCCAUAAAUUGGGGGGAUAUUAAAUUGCCAUAAUUUUGCCAUGUGCUGGCUCUUAAAUUAAAGCUAUAACCAUCUUCAUAUAGUUACCAGAAGGCAAGAGAUACUUAUAUUCCACUGGAGGCAGAGGGCACCAGACUGUUAUUCUUUUGACUUUUUGAGCGAAGAGCAAUAAUGGCUACAGACUGUUUUUAAAUGAAGACAUUUGGAUUAUGUCACAUGUUCUUGAUCAUUUUUUUUCUACUGGAGGAAAUUGAGAAAUGUGAACGAGAAAGGGAAUGUGCAGUUAAAAUGAGGGAAAAUUCCUUGAAGAUUACAGUGCUCUUCUUGAGAACCCCCCCCGCCUGCAUUUUUCUGGAGCAACCUUGCAUAGCCAAGUACAAAUAACUGAAUGUAAUUCUGGCAUGUUUAGUCUAUUUCAUGGCUUUAGUGAACUUUACAUAACUGGACUUUUAUGUUCAUGUAAUUGGAAGGCCACUAGUUUUACAGAACUGGAAUUUUACUUAUUUGUACUAAUUGACCUAUUUUGGAAAUGAAUAUGCACAGGAGCCAAAACGAAGGAAGAGGGUGUGAUUUUCACUUAUGCAGUGAAAAAAAAUGAGAAAAUAGGGUUUCUAAAGAAGUGGUGGAAAUGUCAUCUUUGGAAAAUAAAUUGCUUUGAUAUUUGCUCCAAUGUA